CGGAGAAGUAAAGAAAUGAAGCUCAGUGCAGUGACAUUUCUUGUUCUAGUUUCUUCUCUUCUGGUACUUGUUACCAGUGAUAAUCACAAGAAGAACGCUCUGAGAGCUAACAGUAUAUUAGGAAGAAGGCUUCAAUUUGAAUCCAACUUACGUGGGUUUUUCAUUCGCCACAAGAAGGGGGAUGUGAUGCUUGAGGAGAAUGAUGGAAAGGAUAAGAAUUUCACUAAAGACACCAUCUUUAGAGUUGUUCGUGGUCUAAAUGGAGAAGGCGUCAGCUUAGAAGCAGUCAGCAAGCGUAAACAUUUCAUAGUACAAGAUGAGAUGAAUGUUUUCUUAAGACCUGAUGAUGGCAAGCAAGGUUUUAAGAAGUCUGCUACUUGGAUACCAAGAAACGGACUGGGCAAUCCACAUGAGAUCUCUUUUGCCUCAACAACUAAAUGGGGCUCAUUCAUGAGGCAUGUAAAACUUCAGGUCAGGGCAGGACAGUACAAUGAUACAGAAAAGUUCAAAGAUGAUUCAACUUUUCAUCCUGUAUCUACAAUGAAGCCUCGUCCUCCUGGCCCCCCAGGACCCCCAGGACCUCCUGGCCCACCAGGACCCCCUGGCCCACCAGGUCCUAUUGGUAGGACUGGUCCCCCUGGUCCCCGUGGCCCCCAAGGUCCUGCUGGUCCUCGUGGCCCCCAAGGUCCUCCUGGUCCCCCUGGCCCCCGAGGUCCUCCUGGACCUCCUAUUGGUGGCUCCAGAACAUCUCAACCUGGUCCUUCUCCUACUAGAAGUCCUUCUCGUACUCGUACUAGUCCUGCUCCUACUAGAAGUCCUUCUCGUACUCGUACUAGUCCUGCUCCUACUAGAAGUCCUUCUCGUACUCGUACUAGUCCUGCUCCUACUAGAAGUCCUUCUCGUACUCGUACUAGUCCUGCUCCUACUAGAAGUCCUUCUCGUACUCGUACUAGUCCUGCUCUAACUAGUACUAAUGGUCCUGCUCCUACUAGAAGUCCUUCUCGUACUCGUACUAGUCCUGCUCCAACUAGUACUAAUAGUCCUGCUCCUACUAGAAGUCCUUCUCUUACUAGAACCAGUCCUGCUCCUACCAGUACGAAUAGUCCUGCUCCUACUAGUACUACUAUUACUACUAGUCCUUCUCCUACUCAAACUAGGUCAGGACCUAAUUCUACUCCUACUUCUGUUCCUCAAUUCUUCGAAUAUGAAGAAUACUAGAGAAGGGAAGUUUCUGGUUCGUGAUAGGCAUAAAGACAUCGCAUUAGGCCCUUUUUAGUGUUACAUUAAAGCUAGUAAUUCUGGUUUUAUCAAUAGCAUAGUUUUGAGAAAGGCA